AAAUAUCAAAACCAAGAGCUGAAAUUCGAAGAAGAAAUCAAUGGCGUAGAACAAACCCUAAUGAUUCAAUCUUCGUUCUUCACCCAAUUGGGAAGCUGAAAGAAAUCGUCUGCUGCAGUUCCAAUGGCUUCGAUUGCUACAGGUACAGGCGUCGGCUUUGGGGGCACGAUGCUCCAGUCGUUUAAUUCCAAGCCAGUCUCGUCGUUCAUCGGAAGAAAGCUCAAUGUAAAAGGUGCUCGGCAGAAAUUCUCGGGUUGGAGGUCCAAAUAUUUUGCAGUGAUGGCGUCGGGGAUGGAUGUUUUCGGUUUUGUUCAUGACUUGUUUCUCGGAGUUGGAGUAGGGCUGCCCUGCACAGUGAUGGAGUGUGGGGAUAUCAUUUAUAGGAGCACUCUGCCGAAGUCUAAUGGCAUCACGCCUACUGUUCCUGGUGUGAUUUUAGCUUUGGGAACUUUGUCUUACCUUUGGGCUACUCCUGGUGUCGCGCCUGGUUUCUUUGAUAUGUUUGUUCUUGCGUUUGUUGAAAGAAUUUUUAGGCCUACUUAUAAGAAGGAAGACAUUGUUCUGGGGAAGAAAUUGGGGGAGGGUUCUUUUGGUGUGGCUUACAAGGCUUCAAUAGUGAAAAAUUCGUCUAAGGAAGCUGGCGAGGUAGUCUUGAAAAAGGCUACGGAGUAUGGUGCCGUGGAGAUUUGGAUGAAUGAGCGUGUUCGAAGGGCAUGUCCAAAUAGCUGUGCUUAUUUCCUUUACGGCUUUCUUGAGAGCUCGGCUAAGAAAGGGGCUGAAUAUUGGCUGCUAUGGAAGUUCGAAGGCGAAACCACUCUAGCUGAUUUGAUGCAGAGUAAAGAAUUCCCUUACAAUGUCGAGACAAUUUUACUCGGGGAGGCUCAGAACCUUCCGAAGGGAUUGGAGAGGGAAAAUAGGAUUAUACAGACGAUAAUGCGACAACUCUUGUUUGCAUUGGAUGGUUUGCACUCGACAGGAAUUGUUCAUAGAGAUGUUAAGCCACAAAACAUUAUUUUCUCCGAAGAUUCUCGGACAUUCAAGAUUAUCGAUCUUGGAGCAGCCACGGAUUUGAGAGUUGGAAUCAAUUACAUUCCUAAAGAGUUCCUGCUCGAUCCUAGAUAUACGGCACCCGAGCAAUACAUUAUGAGCACACAAACGCCGUCUGCUCCAUCUGUUCCCGUUGCAACAGCUCUUUCGCCGGUUCUCUGGCAGCUGAAUCGACCCGACAGAUUCGAUAUGUACAGCAUUGGUCUAAUAUUCCUACAGAUGGCAUUCCCGGCGCUGCGCACAGACAGCGCUCUCAUUACAUUCAACCGACAAUUGAAGAGAUGCGACUACGAUCUGAAUGCAUGGAGAAAGACCGUGGAGCCUCGAGCGAGCCCUGAUCUACGGCACGGUUUUGAAGUGAUGGAACUCGACGGAGGAAUCGGUUGGGAGCUUCUAACAUCGAUGGUUCGUUACAAAGCUAGCCAGCGAGUGAGCGCAAAGGCUGCCCUGGCGCAUCCCUAUUUUGACCGCGAAGGCCUAUCCGCUCUGUCCUUUACGCAGAACCUUCGACUGAGAUAUUUCCGCGCCACACAACAAGACUACAGCGAGGCUGCUACUUGGAUCAUUCAGCUCCUUGCCAAGUCGGGAACCAAAAAGGAAGGAGGUUUCACCGAGGCGCAGCUCCAAGAACUCAAGGAAAUGAAGCCGAAGAAAAAGGCGGGAAGCCCUCAACGGAAUGCUCUGGCAUCGGCUCUGCGGCUUCAAAGGAAAAUAAUCCGGACGCUUAAUGAGACGGUCGACGAACUAAACGAACGUCGGAAAGGAGUGUGGUGGAGCAGAUGGAUCCCGAGAGAGGAAUGAAAAGAGAAAGAGAAGAUAGUUUCUACAAAUUAAGGUACACACAACAACACAUAGCAAGUAACAUCUUCUCUUCUCCGUCUUCCAAAUUUAUGUUCAUUUUCAUCUUCAUCUUUCAUCUUUUGGUGUAAAUAUAUACAUUGUUUCCCUAAUUAUAUGCAAAAAAAAAAAAAAAAUAAAUAAAAAAUGAUACAGUGAUAAUGAUAGUAGUAAUAAUUUGAAGCAUAAUAUUUGUAAAUCAAUGGCCGCAGUUAGCCUCCUCAACACAAAUCAACAAGGCAGACUGCAUGUAAAUGUAUAACAUAGGAUAAUAGUGUUA